AUGGCCAUACAAAGGCAUAUCUUCCAAAUCAACAUCAUCUUCAUCCUCUCUUUUAUUUCAUCCUACGCCAGCCUUCAUGAUGGCCCACCUUAUAAUAAAUACCUUCAACAAGAAUCUGGCUAUGACUUUGAAGCUUACCCUUCAUAUUACAGCACCAUUGAAGACACCAAGUUUAAGAACUCGGCCAAGCUCCAAACUAGAAUCUAUGGUUUCAAGACGUUUCAGAGACUCGCAGCUUCCGCUAACACAAUCAAUGUAGAUGAUUUUGGAGCCAAAGGUGAUGGUACUCAUGAUGACACACAGGCAUUUCAGAAGGCUUGGCAAAAAGCUUGUUCAUCAACAGGAGCUGCAUUUGUGGUGCCGCAGAAAAAGAACUAUCUUCUUAAGCCAAUUAGAUUCUCUGGCCCUUGCAAAUCUAAGCUUACUAUGCAGAUUUAUGGAACCAUUAAAGCAUCUAGUGAUCGAUCAGACUACAACACACAAGGCAAUCACUGGCUUAUAUUUGAUAGUGUCCAGAAUCUAAUAGUUCAAGGAGGUGGAAUUAUCAAUGGCAAUGGGAAGAUAUGGUGGCAAAAUUCCUGCAAAAUCAAUAAAGCUCUUCCAUGCAAGGAUGCACCAACGGCUUUAACCUUCUAUAAUGGCAACAAUUUGAUUGUGAAGAACCUAAAGAUCCAAGAUGCACAACAAAUUCAUGUUUCUUUUGAGAAAUGUGUGAAUGUCCAAGCUUCCAAUCUAGAGGUGAUCGCACCUGAGAUGAGCCCCAACACUGAUGGAAUUCAUGUCACAGACACCCAAAAUAUCCAGAUUUCUAACUGUGUUAUAGGAACAGGCUACGGGUAUAACUUGCGGACCAGGUCAUGGAAUCAGCUCAGUAUCGGAAGCUUAGGAUCCGGAAAUUCAAAAGAGUCUGUUUCUGAUGUAACGGUGAACGGAGCUACGCUUUAUGGAACAACAAACGGAGUAAGGAUCAAGACAUGGCCGGGUGGGUCUGGAAGUGCAAGCAACAUAAAAUUUCAGAACAUUAAUAUGCACGAUGUUAUGAACCCUAUAAUCAUAGACCAAAACUAUUGUGAUCAAGCCAAAUCUUGUACACAAAAGAGCUCAGCUGUUCAAGUGAAAAAUGUGGUUUACCAGAACAUUAAAGGAACAAGUGCUUCUGAUGUGGCUAUGACAUUUGACUGCAGUAAGAGCUUUCCUUGUCAAGGGAUUGCGGUGCAGAACAUCAACAUAGCAAAAGCUGGAGGUGGAGCAGCAAAAGCUCUAUGCAACAAUGUCAAUUUGCAGAAAAUAGGAACUAUUUUGCCACAUUGCCCUUGA